AUGGUGACUCCACCCAACAAACCAACUCCCCAAACAAGGGCCAGGUAUUCUGCUACAGAACAUGUGAAGGCUCUGGAUAUCAGAUACGCAAGGCUGAGGGCUGCACUGUUCCCCUACAGGCUGAGAGCUGCUCUGUUCCCCUACAGGCUGAGGGCUGCUCUGUUCCCCUACAGGCAGAGAGCUGCUCAGUUCCCCUACAGGCAGAGAGCUGCUCUGUUCCCCUACUGGCUGAGGGCUGCACUGUUCCCCUACAGGCUGAGGGCUGCACUGUUCCCCUACAGGCUGAGGGCUGCACUGUUCCCCUACAGGCUGAGGGCUGCACUGUUCCCCUACAGGCUGAGGGCUGCACUGUUCCUCUACAGGCAGAGAGCUGCUCUGUUCCCCUAUAGGCUGAUGGCUGCUCUGUUCCCCUACAGGCUGAUGGCUGCUCUGUUCCCCUACAGGCUGAUGGCUGCACUGUUCCCCUACAGGCUGAGGGCUGCUCUGUUCCCCUACAGGCAGAGAGCUGCUCUGUUCACCUACAGGCUGAGAGCUGCUCUGUUCCCCUACAGGCAGAGAGCUGCUCUGUUCCCCUUCAGGCAGAGAGCUGCUCUGUUCCCCUACUGGCUGAGAGCUGCUCUGUUCCCCUACUGGCUGAGGGCUGCUCUGUUCCCCUUCAGGUUAAGGGCUGCUCUGUUCCCCUACAGGCAGAGAGCUGCUCUGUUCACCUACAGGCUGAGAGCUGCUCUGUUCACCUACAGGCUGAGAGCUGCUCUGUUCCCCUACUGGCUGAGGGCUGCUCUGGUGAAGUUGUGGGCCUCAGCGUUCGGAGGAGAGAUCAAGUCCAUCUCAGCCAAGUACUCUGGUUCCCAGCUACUGCAGAAGACAGUACAGACAAAGUAUAAGGAGUUUGAGCGAGCGGUGCGUGUAGAAGAGAUAGAUGGAUUGAGGUUGGUGAAGAAGCUGGCUGAGAACAUGGAGGAGAUGUUCCACAAGAAGUCUGAAGCCAUGAAGCGUCUGGUGGAGGCAGCAGAGGAGGCCCACCUGCAGCAUGAAGAUGACCCAGACCUACAGCUGUAUCUCUCUCUGCCUCUCUCUCUCUCUCUCUCUAUUUAUCUGCCCCUCUCCUCCUUUCUCUCAGACUCAGCUAUAGUAAAUGGAGUUUACUGGUCUGAAGCCUUGAAUAAAGUGUUUGUGGAUAACUUUGAGAGGGACCCAUCCCUCAUAUGGCAGUACUUUGGCAGUGCCAAGGGCUUCUUCAGGCAGUACCCAGGGAUCAAAUGGAGACCAGAUGAACAUGGAGUCAUUGCUUUCGACUGUCGCAACCGCAAAUGGUACAUCCAGGCAGCCACAUCUCCUAAGGAUGUAGUGAUCUUGGUGGAUGUGAGUGGCAGUAUGAAGGGCCUGAGGCUGACCAUUGCCAGACAGACCGUCUCUUCCAUACUGGACACACUGGGGGACGACGACUUCUUCAAUGUCAUUGCUUACAACGACGAGGUACACUAUGUAGAGCCAUGCCUGAAUGGAACUCUGGUCCAAGCUGACGUCACCAACAAAGACCAUUUCCGGAUGAAUCUGGAUAAGCUGUUAGCUAAAGGCAUCGGCAUGCUGGACGUAGGUCUCACUGAAGCCUUCGAGGUCCUCAAUGAUUUUAACCAGACAGGUCGAGGCAGUGUGUGUAGUCAGGCCAUCAUGUUGGUGACCGAUGGGGCAGUUGAUACUUAUGACUCUGUGUUCGCCAAGUACAACUGGCCCGACAGAAAGGUCCGGAUAUUCCCCUACCUGAUUGGUCGAGAGUCAGCCUUCGCAGAUAACCUGAAAUGGAUGGCCUGCGCCAAUAAAGGUUACUUCACUCAGAUUUCCACUCUGGCUGAUGUACAGGAGAAUGUGAUGGAGUAUUUGCAUGUGCUCAGUCGGCCCAAAGUCAUUGCCCAAGAGCACGAUACGGUGUGGACCGAGGCCUACAUUGACAGCACCGUGAGUGGACACCGCUCCCCCAUCUCUCACAUGGGAUAA